AUGGAGUUGAAAGUCUCAACUAGAAAUGAAAUCGAGCCUCAGAAAGACAAUACAUUUCCAUUGCAACACUCUGUGGAAGACCAGACAGCUAAAAGAACAGUUGUAUUUGGAUUCGAGUGUACGAUAUGUGGACGAGUGUUUUCGCAGAAAGGGAAUAUGAAAAAGCAUUAUCUGAUCCAUACAGGAGAAAAACCGCACAAAUAUGAGAUAAAGAUGGUCCCAUCAGGACGAGGAGAACAUUUGACAGUACCAGACUUCCAGCCGUAUUACCCGCAGAAGGGUAGACCAUUUAGAAGCUACAGUCACCGUGGCAACUUGCAGCAUAUUACACAUCAUAUGCCGCAUAUGCCAACUUGCCCCAUUUGUGGAAAGAAGUUCACGUUCAAGCAAAAUAUGAAAACGCAUAUGAAAAUACACAGUGGAGAGAAGAAAUUUGUGUUGAGAUCCAAUCCUUUACUGGCAAUGUUAGCUGAAAAUGAGACCUACACUAUGCCAUUCCCAUAUUACCAGUCAGAAUCAUUGCAAGGUUUCCUGUGUAGACAGUGUAAUAAAACAUUCAAGACAAAAGGAAACUGGAAGCUGCACAUGGAGACAAUACAUUCAGGAGAGGGAAAAUUCACCUGUAGCAAGUGUCAGAAAAGAUUCAAGAGGAAACAUCAUCUGCAAGGACAUAUGCUUACACACUAUCAGUUUACAUGA